GCGAUUGGAGGAAGGGAAAGGAGGCCCGAUGAGAGAGAGAUUUAUCAGCAACAAUAAUGUAGCUUAUUCCUUACCCGCUAAGUAGCCAGCCCAGCUAGUCAUCUUACUGGCCUCUCUGUGGGGACAUUAAUUAUGGCUCUGGGAGAAGUCACAAGGGCCUUCACCAUGGAGCAGCUGAGCACAGCCAACACCCAUUUCGCCGUGGACCUGUUCCGCGCUUUGAAUAAGGACAAUCCUACUGGGAACAUCUUCAUCUCUCCCUUAAGCAUUUCAUCAGCGCUGGCCAUGAUCUUUCUGGGGACUCGAGGUGAUACUGCAGCACAGGUGUCCAGGACUCUUCAUUUUGAUAUGGUUGAGGAUAUUCAUUCAAGAUUUCAGAGUCUGAAUGCUGAUAUCAACAAACGUGGAGCUUCCUAUAUCCUGAAACUUGCUAAUAGGUUAUAUGGAGAGAAGACAUAUGAUUUUCUCCCUGAGUUCCUAGCUUCAACUCAGAAAAUGUAUGGUGCUGAACUGGCCAGUGUGGAUUUUCAGCAAGCCUCUGAAGAUGCGAGGAAGGUGAUUAAUGAGUGGGUCAAAGGGCAGACGGAAGGGAAAAUUCCGGAACUCUUGGCUGCAGGUAUGGUUGACAGCAUGACUAAACUCGUGCUGGUGAAUGCCAUCUAUUUCAAAGGCAGCUGGGAGGAUGAGUUCAUAAAGGAAGCCACUGCCGAUACACCAUUCCGGUUGAAUAAGAAAAACAAAAAAACCGUGAAAAUGAUGUAUCAGAAGAAGAAAUUCCCAUUUGGCUACAUCCAGGACCUUAAGUGCCGUGUGCUGGAACUGCCUUACCGGGGCAAGGAGCUCAGCAUGAUUAUCCUGCUGCCGGAUGACAUUGAGGAUGAGUCCACGGGUCUCAAGAAGAUUGAGGAACAGUUGACUCUGGAAAAACUGCGUGAGUGGACCAAAGCUGAGAAUCUGGAUCACAUUGAAGUCAACGUCCACUUGCCCAAGUUCAAGCUGGAGGAGAGCUACGACCUCAACUCCCACCUGGCCCACCUGGGUGUACAGGAUCUCUUUAGUGGCAAGGCUGAUCUGUCUGGCAUGUCAGGAGCCAGGGAUCUUUUCGUAUCAAAAAUUGUCCACAAGUCCUUUGUGGAAGUGAAUGAAGAGGGCACAGAGGCGGCGGCCGCCACUGCAGGUAUUGCCACCUUCGCCAUGUUGGUGCACGAGGAGAACUUUGUUGCCGACCAUCCAUUCAUUUUCUUCAUUCGGCACAAUCCCUCAUCUAACAUCCUGUUCUUGGGCAGAUUUUCUUCCCCUUAGAGACUGGAAAUACAAGGUCAAGCUUAGAGCUUUAUUACCUGCACUUUUAAUGGUGACAAUUUUCACACGUCUUUGCCAAUACCACUACCAUCCCUAAGCAGAUCUUUAAUUUCCCUUGUAAGUUCAGCUCUUUACUGUUUACAUACACCCAUGAACUUUGGCACAGGUAUCUAUUUUCCUAUUUUUUUAUAUUGACUAAGUCCAGUGAUUACUUUUGAAUGCAAGUC